UCUGUUGCGUCGCUGGUCGUGUCCGGUAGCUACCAUUGCUAUCAUUGCUGUCGUACUUAAUUAUAAAAUUAAAGCGAUAUAAACACAUCCAUAAGACCCGGCAAAAAAUGCCCUCUGGUUGCACGUUUGAAUUCGAUCGACGAGAUCCAAUAUACUAUAGUGGCGAAACAAUUAAUGGGCGUGCUAUUCUCAAUACAACAUCAACCAAGUCUGUAAACGAGGUUUACAUUCUCUUUGAGGGCGAAGCUAAGGUACGAUGGGAUGAGCGCAAAAGUAAAACUUAUCAUGGAAGGACCCGAUAUUACACGGAGUACUACCGAGGAAGGCAUACGUACCAAAGUUCGAAAACCACUGUCUUCGGAUCCGGGGAUAUGGCUCCUGGCACAUACACCUAUAACUUCAGCAUCCCAUUGCCCCUGGAGUGCCCUUCCUCGAUGGUUACCAAGUACCAGUGGAAGUUUAAUAAUAUUUUCAAACAACCACUGACGGUGCUGCAAACUUACAAUCUCAACAUGAACCCUGAACUGUUGAUUCCCGUGGUUCGCGAGGACAUAAAAUAUUUUUGCUGUUGGCCCUGCAGAUCGGGUCCUGUGUUAUCCACUCUGACCAUACCCUUUGGUGGCUAUGCCCCUGGUCAGAAGAUUCACUUCACCCUGGAGAUUGACAACCAGUCAUCCCGGAGCGACCUUGAUGGCAUCGAAGUGUGUCUAAAGCAAAACUACAAGGUCACUGCUGAUUCUCCAUACCACAAAUCUCGCGAUAAAGAGCACAGACUGAAUGAAAGCAACCAAGUGGAGCGAGUACUGCGAAAUAGUAAGAAGGUCAUUAAUGGAACCCUGGAUAUUCCAGCUGUGCCUCCAUCAUCCAGGAACGAUGGCAUCAUUACGGUGAACUACAUGGUGGGUCUGACCAUCAACAUGGGGGACUGUGCUUGGGAUUCAGAUUUUGACGUGCCAAUAGUCAUUGGCACUAUUCCACUUGUACAGAGUGCUGCGGAUCCCAGUCAUGCCGCGGAGUGGAUACCGCAGGUUCCGGCAACACCACAUGGUGCUAGUGCUGAUCUACCACCAAGCUACGACAAUUGCAAACCCCCGACAUUUGCCGAGGCAGCCUCUUUUGAAGAGAAAUUUGUCGACAUUGAUGUGGAUGAGAACAACCGUACAGAUGACUUUAUACCGCGAUAUCCGAUGUACACAAACUUUGCUAUGCCCUCGGCUCCUCCACCCCCUGGAGAGAGUGUAGAUUCCCCUUUGUUAGCCACUCCGGCAUUUUCUAUGCCGUAUCCUCCGGUUAACCAACCGGCUUAUCCUCCGGCUAACCAAUCGGCUUAUCCACCAGCUAACCAACCUGGUUAUCCACAAAGCUACCAACCGGGCUAUCCACCAGAUAACCAGCCGGGUUAUCCGCCUGUUAACCAACCACCUUACCCACCAAGCUAUCGGCCACCCGCUGGAUACCCAAAUCCGAACAAUCAAACCACCUUUUCUUUUGGCUGGAACGCUAAUCAAUGAAUAGUUACCUCAAUAGAUCGUAACCAACUACCUCAAAAACAAUCUUUAAGUAAUUCAUGAAAACUAUGUAAAAUAAAUUUAUCUCAGGUAAACUAUGUAAAAUAAAUUUAUCUCAGGAUAAUUAUAAC